GCUCUACAUCCAGAAAGCAACAGGUUUAAAUCCUGUCUGUGCACGGCUGUGCAAAGCUUGUGUUUGCUGUGAACAAAGGCCUGAAUUCAUUUCUUUUCAUGCAUUGUUCCUGAUUUACUGUAAACUGGAGCAAUGAUGUUUCGGGCAGCAGUCGAGCAUGCUAAGAAGCACCCCGGUCUCAUCCCCCAGUUCUUCUUCAUUUGUUUGGGAAUGGGCGGAGCAUCCUUGUAUCUGAUCCGGCUGGCCAGAGGACCCCAUGUUACCUGGGACAAGACCAACAACCCAGAGCCAUGGAAUAAACUUGACCCGACAUACCAGUACAAGUUUGUGGCCAUCACCACAGACUACAAAAACCUGAAGAAAGAGGGACCUGACUUCUGAAUCUCACAAACCAGAGUGUAAUUAAAAAAAAAAAAAAAAAAAAAAAACCCAAAAAGGAUGACAGAUCCUGAUCUUGGGUCAGACUCAUCCCCCCUGCCCUUCCUACACUCAAGAAAAAAAUUAUUUGGCCUCAUAAAAAUGAAUAAUUUUGUGUAAAAUGCAUUUGAAAUAAUCAUUAGGAAACAUACUUGGUAUAAACUGAUAAACUGAAUGUAAAUAAAUCAAAUCCAGAAAUAAUUACUUGUGUAAUAAAAUCACAUGGAAUAUUUACAUCUAGUCAAGUUACUUAUAGUUAGCAUUUUGGACAUAAAUAUUAUAAAUACGCUGCAGACGGGGGAAACAGAUUCCAGAUCAGGAUGCGCCUUUAGUGUCUCUGAUUCUGUUUGAUGUUUGCAGAGCUGCUGGUGACCUGGUUAAUGUGACCGGGAUUGUCGGUCAAUCAAUCCUGAAGGCCCAUAUGCACAAUAAAAAAACAGGCUUAUUUCCACAUAUAUGCACACACUCAGCCUUUAUCAUAUGUCAUUACUAAGGAAUAACCACAACACAUUGCUAGCACAGGAGCAGUGGUUUUGCAUGCGUAGACAAUUGUAAUCACAAAUACAAUUGUCCAUCAGAUUGGCCUGUUUGAGAAAGUUUCGUGCUAUUCAAAUAUUUAUAUGUAAACACACAAGGUAGUAUAUGAUAAUAUAGUCAGGGUAGGGUAGAUCUGUUUUGUGUGUUGGACAGAAAUCAACUGAGCUGCCUUUAAUAAGAAGAAAAAGACAACUAUUCUGUAUCUAGAAAUGAUUGGUCAUAAAAAAAAUGAGGAGCUGAAGCCUGUAAAUGCUUUGUAAUGCUUUUUGCUUUUGUUUUCACUUACUGAAGGUUAUAUUUCAAACUUCUGUAUACACUCUUCCUCUGUUGCUGAUUUUUUAAAAUGUUUUCCUCAUUAUUUCUGCAAGUGAGGAGCUUUAAUUGCACCAGCUUUUCAUAACAUGACACUGGCCUGCUGUGCUGCAUCACAGUGAAGGUCAUAUUAGUGUGACCAGACUGCAUGUAUUCCUUCAUAACUGUCAUAUGAUUGUAGGUUUAGCAGCCACUAAAUUCAGCGAUGACUGUGUAAGUUAUGAAAAAAGCUGAAAAAAGAUGCAUCAACUUUGCAGAAUUCUUUCAAUAAAUAAACUGUCUUAUUUGUGUUUA